ACAUUCCUCUGCAGGCUCUGCAAGGGGCAGGCGCAGUGUGUUGGAAGCCGUUCUUCAGAGUGAGCGUCUCUCUCCCUCUCCCGCAGUCGUUAAGUCAGACAGCAAAGGAGGAAGGGAAGGCAGAGAGACCGAGGGGAGGUCUGACGACACCAGCCCGCCUCACCUAUUCUCAAUGCUCAGACUGAUCAAUGCAAGCAAGCUGCCGGGUCACAUCUGGUUCUGAUUCAUUCUGGAGGAACAUCAAGGCUUUUGGAACCGAGCUGUCACUCUGCAAGUAAAGUGUGCAACCCUUUCUCUGCCAGGACCAAAUCUUAGAGGAGCUCGGGGAGCAUUGCAUGUGCAAGUGUCCAUGGCGGGGGUGAGCAGUGGCUUUAAGUGCCGGAGGUCCAAUGUAAGGAUGGAGGACAAAUGUUCCAGGCUAACGGUGUUCUGCACUGUUUGCUGAUCCAGCCUCCCAGGGAACAUCCAGCCAAACGAAGAAGAAGAAGAAGAAGCAGAAGAAGAAGCAGAUAAAGAGACAAGAACUUAAUUCACAGGCAACUUUGGGUUUCUUCCAGUGGUGAAAGAUGCUGUGGUGCAGCUUUGACCACCACUUGCUCUCACUGGCGGCGCUUCUCGUAAUUGUGAGCUGUGGAGGAGGGGAGCAGAGGAGAGGGACGGAUAGCAGCGCCAGCGGCACAGGUGGCAGCAGCAGCAGCAGCAGCAGUGGAUCAACUGGUAGCAGCAGUGGAUCAACUGGUAGCAGCAGUGGAUCAACUGGUAGCAGCAGUGGAUCAACUGGUAGCAGCAGUAGUAGUAAUUACAGCAGCAGACGCUUCCACAAGAUCCAGCACGGCCAGUGCACCUACACCUUCAUCCUACCUGAGGAGGAUGGAGCUGGAGGAGGCGGCUGCAGGGAGGCGAGAGCCAGAGACCCCCAGUACAACGCCAACUCUCUGCAGAGGGACGCUCCACCACCUGAGCCAGAGUUUCCAAACCAGAAGAUCCAGCAGCUCGAGCACAUUAUGGAGAAUUAUACCCAGUGGCUGCAGAAGAUUGAAAACUACAUCAAAGAGAGCAUGAAGACGGAGAUGGCCCAGCUGCAGCAGAGCGCCGUCCACAACCACACGGCAGCCAUGUUGGAAAUGGGCACCAACCUCCUUUCUCAGACCGCUGAGCAGACGCGCAAGCUGACUGACGUGGAGACGCAGGUCCUGAAUCAGACGUCGAGGCUCGAGAUCCAGAUGCUGGAAAAUUCUCUCUCCACUAAUAAGCUGGAGAAGGAGUUAAUGGUCCAGACCAACGAGAUCAGCAAGCUGCAUGACAAGAACAGCCUCAUGGAGCAGAAGAUGUCAGAGAUGGAGACGCGGCACCAUGAGGAGCUGGAGACACUGAAGCAGGAGAAGGGAAGCCUCCAGACCCUGGUGGGGAGGCAGAGCGGCGUUAUCCGGGAGCUAGAAACCCAGCUGAGCCGUGCCACGGGAAACAGCACCGCCCUGCAGAGACAGCAGCAGGAGAUGAUGGAUACCGUCCACAACCUGCUCAACCUCUGCUCCAAAGACGGAGUUGUUCCUAACAGCACAAAGGUCGCGGACGAAGAGAAGAAGUUCCGCGACUGUGCCGACCUCUACCUGGCCGGCUUCCAUAAGAACGCCAUCUACACCAUCCAGAUCAACGCCCUGGAGACCAAGAAGGUUUAUUGCAACAUGGAAACAGCCGGCGGUGGAUGGACGGUGAUCCAGCGCAGAGAAGACGGCAGCAUGGACUUCCAGAGGACGUGGAAGGAGUACAAGACGGGUUUUGGGAGCGUGUCCGCGGAGCACUGGCUGGGGAACGAGUACGUUUACCAGUUGACCAGUCAGCGGCAGUACGCUCUGCGUGUGGAGCUGACAGACUGGGAUGGACACCAGGCCUUCUCUCUGUACGACCGCUUCCAAAUUGGCAGCGAGAAACAGAACUACAGGCUGUUCCUGAAGAGCCACAGUGGGACCGCGGGCCGACAGAGCAGCCUGGUGAUCCACGGAGCAGACUUCAGCACCAAGGACAUGGACAAUGACAACUGCCUGUGCAAGUGUGCCCUCAUGCUCACCGGAGGUUGGUGGUUCGACGCCUGCGGCCCGUCCAACCUCAACGGCAUGUACUUCACCCAAGGGCAGCACAUAGGGAAGCUGAACGGUAUCAAGUGGCACUACUUCAAGGGCCCCAGCUACUCGCUACGAGCCACGGCCAUGAUGAUCCGCCCACUGGACUUCUCGUAGUCUUUUGAACCCGUGAACUUUUUAAACGUAGAACAUUAAAGGGACGCUUCCUAUUUUAUCCUCUUGUCUCAUCUCAUUUCGCCGGCCACGGGAGUCACCCUAUAAAUCUUAUAUUCAACUGGUCCUCCCCCCCCCCACCCCAGAGCAGCUGCUGUUGCUGUGCUACUGUUGCCUCAUAACCUUUCCCCUCGUUGAGCUGCCACGAGGAGGACAGAGCGACAUAGGAUUCCCCCCCGAACUGAUUUCUCCAGAUUCACACACUUGAGAGGGACAAACGUUUUGAAGCGUGUAAACUCAAACCCCGGGAUUCCUGCACAUUUUGAGCAGAGUUCACAAUCAGGAGGGUCAAACCACGAUCCCUCCUUUAUUCCUGGGGAACCUUUUGUCGUAACAAUGUGGAGAACUGGACUCUUCUGAAUGGAAAGCAGCUCAAUCAGAGCAGCCUCUGAAGAACUGCAGGACAGAACAUUUCUGAAACACUUUUAAAGAGACUAAUGAGAGACGUUGCUUUUCUUUUUUUAUUAAAGUGUAAAUCGCAGAAAAACAGCCCAUAAAUGUUGUGACUGUGUUAUGUUGUAUUAUUUUUUGUUAUUCCAAUUCUCCACAGUAUCCGCAACGUGAGUUCAAAUUGUCUUUUGUCCUGUGCAGUACGCUAAACUGCUUAUUUGCAUCACGUAUGAAACACAGGCUCGUUUUUUUUUUUAAAGCAACACUAUGUAACUUCUUUCUGAACAGCGCCCUCUGCAGGCUCGUUGCUCUGCUCGUCUGUGGGGCCUCCUCCGCUGAGGCUAACACGUGCAGAUUUGUCGUAUCUUUGAAUGUUAAGAUUGUUGCGUGGUACAAACAGCCUGAUCUUUGUUCCUUACUUUGCCGUGUACGUUGUAGAACUCAAAAAACGUCCACAGGUCUCUUCUCAGACGCAUCUCUGUCCUCAUUCUUGGGGUAGGACGGCUUGGCUUGCUAGCAUCCUCCAUUUUUUAAGCAAAAGGACGCAUCAUACCAACUUUCUGUGAGGCAGGUGAUAGGUCGAGCUGGCAGUGAGUGCCCUCUGCUGGAUCAUGUGGUAAACUACUUCAGAUGGUCUCAUGUGCUUCUAUUUGGAAUAUUUACAAUUUUCAACCAAACAUUAGAAUCUUCGUGUCUGAACAAAUCAGGGUUUUUCAUGUCGAAAUGAAAAACAGUAUUAAUGUGUCAUCCAACUCGCUGAACUAAAACCACAAGUGAACGUUGGAUAUUACCCAUAAUCCCCGACUUCCUGAUCCAGAAGAGAAACAAAUACACUAAACUCUGUUUAGAAUUCUUCAUAUUUAGCAGUUAUUUUAGAUUCCUUGGCUGAUUAUUGGAGAUAAACGCUGGUUUUUAAUGACUUCUGAGUCUUUUCAACUGAUCUACAGUUACUCAACAUUUCUCUUCAACUUGCUGGAGCUGAUUUUGAAGAGUCAGUCAGUUCCACACUUCUCACAGAAAGAAGAAACCCUCAUGGUGAGAAGUAGGAAUUAAAUGUGGAAUGAUUUAAUCCUUUCUCUUUAUUCCAAGCUAGUGUCCGAUCGAACUAAUUCUGAAGCUUGUAUUUGAAGGUGAGACGUGGUGUUGCUCUACAGUGACCUUGAGAUCUGAGUGAUGAUGUGCCGUUGGUAACAGUUACAGCACGAGGGUCACUCGCUGGCAGUCACACACUUGCCGUCUCGACGGAGCGUGAUUAUUUUUAGAGUUCGCGAUGUGAGGUUAUUAUUGGAUUAGAAUCUGGACCCGGAUCAAUUUUUCUUUCGUUAUUGGCCGGGAAAUGUUUCGGACCGGCCAAGGAUCAGACUGGGUGAUCACCUUACCUCUGCUGAGUGGGAAAAACAAGGACAUUAAUUCAGAUUACAUUUUAUUAGUGACAUGUAACAACCACAACUGUGGGCGUCAGGGGAAGAAAAACAUUUGCAAGUGAUGCAUAUUUUCAAAACUCUACUGAUACGAGGUAUGAUGAUAUAAUCACAACAAUGCUUAUAUUAAGCUGGUGUCUCACACACACACACACACACACACACAGACACACACUUCUGACCAACAACACAAAGAUCCGACCAUUGAGACAAGUUGCAUUCAAAGUAUUUCUCACAGACAUGUUACAUUGCACCGCGUCGAGCCGGUUUCUGUUUCUCAUCAAUGCAGCUUGUAAAAAAGAAAGAGGAGCUGGAGCUGGAUAUGAACCAUGAAAUUAAAGAUUCCACCGAGUGAUCCGUGUGAACACACACUGCAUUUCAUAACUCGCAGCUUAUAACAACACACUCUACUGUGGAGUAUUUACUGAAGGUACAUGUGGCAAGAAGAUAAAGUGUAUCUGGAACUUGUAUAACUGCAUUUGACAUGUUUAUUAGCAUACUAUAAUUUAACAUGUGUGUAUGUAAAUCAGCUUUCCCGAGGAAAGCGCUUCUUUUUAUUUCUCUGUCUUUACUCUGCCAGAAGUACAAAUGGUGUUUUGAAGUUGAGCAUAAAACACACGAGUUAAGAUAAUAACCCUGGAGAAAUGUGCCUUUGAUAACUCUGCUUUUACCUCAUUAAAUUCUAGAUUUUUGCAGAUUUAUUUAAACAUCUUUUGUAACAUGUGGUCAGUGUUGUGUUGCUAGAUUAAAUAAAAGAGCAUGAGAUGCACUAACGUUUUCAA